AUGGAGGACACUAUCGUCCUGUACAGCUCGCUGGCGCACCUCAACUCCAUGCUCAUCCUCUGCAAGUUCUUCAACAAACACCACCCCACCCUCCCCGUUACCAUCCUCAGCUCCACCCCCGCCCUCGAAUCCGCCACCACCGUCAUCUCCUCUCUCCCCUCUGUCACCUACCACCGCCUUCCCCCCGCCGUCGCUCCUCACAACCUCAACAAAAACCCCGUUGAGCUCCUGUUCGAGAUCCCCCGCCUCAACAAUCCCAAUCUACGGCAGGCCCUCCUCCAGAUCUCAGAGAAAUCGAGGAUCAGGGCCAUCGUAAUCGACUUUUUCUGCAACGCGGCAUUCGAUGUCUCCACCGACCUCGGCAUUCCCACCUACUUCUACGUCAGCAGCGGCGCGUUUUUCCUCUGCGUUCUUUUUCACUUCCCGACGAUCGACGAGAAGAUCGGCCAGCAGGACCUGGGGAGCCUCAACGACUUUGUUGAGGUCCCCGGCUGCCCCCCGAUCUACUCAUCGUAUUUUCCCCCAGACAUGCUUUUCCGGCGGUCCCCCACAUACCAGCACUUCCUCUCCACAGCCAACAACAUGCGGCGGUCGGCCGGGAUAGUGGUGAAUUCGUUCGACGCGCUCGAGUCGCGAGCCAAGGAGGCGCUCGUCUCCGGUGCGUGCGUCCCCGGUGGUGGCCCGACUCCACCGGCAUACUUGGUCGGGCCGCUCGUCGUGAAAGCGGCUGCCGGAGGCGGAGGCUCCGGCAGCGAUCGCCACGAGUGCCUGCAGUGGCUCGACGCGCAGCCGUGCCAGAGCGUGGUCUUCCUUUGUUUCGGGCGCAGGGGGCUGUUCUCGGCGGAGCAGCUGAAGGAGAUGGCGGUGGGUCUGGAGAACAGCGGCCACCGGUUCCUCUGGUCGGUCAGGAGCCCGGUCGGUGUAUCGGAGGUGCCGGACCUGGAAGCGCUGCUGCCGGACGGGUUUCUUGAGAGAACCAAGGGCAGGGGUUUCGUGAUAAAGUCGUGGGCCCCACAGACGGAGGUGCUGGACCACAAAGCGGUGGCCGGAUUCGUGACCCAUUGCGGCUCGAGCUCUAUGCUCGAGGCCUUGAUCCGCGGGGUGCCGAUGAUCACAUGGCCGAUUGACGCGGAGCAGAGGAUGAACAAGGUGUUCAUGGUGGAGGAGAUGGGGGUGGGGCUGCCAUUGGAGGGCUGGGACAACGGGUUCGUGGCAGCGGCAGAGCUGGAGAAGCGGGUCAAGGAGCUGAUGGACACAAAGGCGGUGAGGGAACGGGUUGGGGAGAUGAGGAGGGCGGCCGAGGCGGCCGUCGGGGAGGGCGGGUCGUCGGUGUCUGACCUGAACCGCUUCGUGGCGACCGUGACUCGGGAUUGA